AUGGCCAAUAAGCAUUACUCUGUUCCUUCUUUUCUUCUCACCAACUACUUCUUCCUCUUCCUUCUUUCAUCUUCACCGUCGUCAGCUUUCCCUCUCUCCACCAGCUCCCGAUGGAUCGUCGACGACGCGGCCGGCGGCCGGAGAGUGAAGCUGGCGUGCGUGAACCUGGUCUCCCACUUGGAACCCAUGGUGGCAGAGGGGCUCAGCAAACUGCCCAUGGAAACGAUCGCCCAGAAAAUCGGUUCCAUGGGGUUCAAUUGCGUCCGCCUCACUUGGCCGAUAUAUUUGGUCACCGACGAAAGUUUGAGUUCGCUCACCGUCCGGCAGUCUUUCCAGCGGCUUGGGCUGAUCGAUACCGCCGCCGGGAUUCAGGCCAAUAAUCCUGACAUCGUUGACCUUCCCCUUCUCCAGGCUUUCCAGCAAGUGGUCUCAACCCUCGGCGAAAACAACAUCAUGGUGAUCCUCGACAACCACAUCACCACACCGGGCUGGUGCUGCAGCAACGACGACGGCAACGGCUUCUUCAACGACCGAUACUUCGACCCGAACCUCUGGCUCACCGGUCUAACCCGAAUGGCCACACUGUUCAACGGCUCGACCGCAGUGGUCGGUAUGAGCCUCAGGAACGAGCUCCGCGGCCCGAAACAGAAUACCCAAGACUGGUACAAGUACAUGCAGCAGGGAGCCGAAGCCGUCCACGCCGCUAACCCCAACGUCCUCGUCGUCGUCUCGGGCCUGAACUACGACAAGGACCUGUCGUUCCUCAGCAGCCGGAUGGUGAAGCUGUCGUUCGGAAAGAAGCUGGUUUUCGAGGCGCAUUGGUAUGGUUUCACUGACGGGCAGGCGUGGGCUGAUGGAAAUGCGAAUGAAGUGUGUGGCAGAGUGAGUGGUAACAUGAAGAGGAUGUCAGGGUUCUUGCUGGAGGCAGGGUAUCCUCUGUAUUUUAGUGAGUUUGGGAUUGAUCAAGGUGGUGGGAAUUUGAAUGACAAUCGGUACGUUAAUUGCUUUUUGGGGUAUGUAGCUGAGUUUGAUUUGGAUUGGGCGUAUUGGACGAUUGUGGGGAGUUAUUAUCUGAGGCAAGGGGUUGCUGGGUGGAGUGAGAGUUAUGGGUUGCUGGGUCAGGAUUGGGUCGAACCGAGGAAUCGGAGUUUCAUCGAGAGGAUCUCCGCGGUUCAGAUGCCCUUUCGAGGGCCAGGUUUGGUGGAAAGGAGGCAGCAUCAAGUGAUCUUCCAUCCAUCUACAGGGAAAUGUGUGCAGAGGGGAAGGACAUUUAUGGACCCAUUGAAGUUGGGACCUUGCCCUGAGUCUGAUCCAUGGAGCUACUCCAGGGGAACUCUGUCCCAAGUUGGGACAUACUUCUGCUUAAAGGCUGAUCAAUUGGGGAAAGCAGUGCAGCUCGAUCUCGACUGUUCAAACUGGCAGAUGAUAUCCGAUUCGAAGAUGCACGUUUCGUCGAAACUGAAAGAUGGGACCUCGGUUUGUAUGGAUGUGGAUUCGGAGGGCGAGAUCGUCGCGAAUCCUUGCAAGUGUUUGAGCAAGGAUAAGAGCUGUGAGCCAGAGAGCCAGUGGUUCAAGUUGGUGAACAGCACCAGAGCUCCAACAACUGGAUCGAGAGGAGGAGAAUCUUUCUUGUUCUUAGUAAGGGAUUUGAUAUGGAAGUUCUUGGAAUUGGGUCUGUUCCACAUUGGGAGAAUGUUUGUGCAAGUAGUGUCAAGAAUUAUAUGA